AUGGCGAAAGGAUCCAAGUCAGCGGUGCCAGCUACGCCGGCGAAAUCGGGACGAGGAUCGACCGAAGGCUUGUCGACGAUCGCGAGUGACAUGACGUCUCGGCUGUCGACAAUCUCCGAAGGGUCGGUCCGUCUCGAAGAGUCGGUUGACGAGGAUUCGGACGCCAACGAUGACAUGAUGAUGAACUACGACGACCUGGAAGAGAAGACUCCCGCGACUGCGGAUGAGUACGAAGACCAGGAGGAAGCGAUGGUGUCGGCUGGACGCAGUGGGGGUUCACGCUCCCUCAGCCGAAACCUCGUCUCCGAAUUUGAUGAAGUGGCGCGGCCGGACUUUGCAGACGAUGACUCCGAGGAUGGCACCGAGACCUUGACUUCGAGGGCUCUGGUGCAGGUUACUAAGGAUCCUCGCGAGUCUCAGGGAAACCGGCCUGCGAUGAACAGCAGCACCCCAGCUGCGAACAAGGUACUCGGCCGAGUGCUCGAGCAGAUGAUGGAGGCGAGUGAGUGGAUCCGUCAGUUCAACCCAGACGCUGUGCGCCAGGCGACGUGGACGGAGCUGAAGGAGGAGUUGCAGCACCCCGUGGAGUCGAGUUCCACCACUCAGGUGGUCGAAGACACGGUGUCACUCCUCCGAGCCAUGGGUUUCGAGCCGAUGACUCGCCCGUCCGAGGCCUCGAUCAAGGACUGGCCGCCAGCUAUCGCCGGCAAGGAGUUGCAUAAGUGGAAGAGAAAGCUUCGCCUGAGCUUUGGCGAGACGGACCUCACUCUGGGACGUCCGCCAAGCGCCCGUCCGGCGAAGGAGCCAACCGAUCCCUCGAAGAUCCCGCUCCGGCAGACUCCGAGGAAGACGACCAAACGUUCGAGCAGACGCCAGACUACGGAUGGAGUAUUCUCUGUCAAAGCCGAAGGCACGCCUUACUUUCAGGAUUCGCAUAUGGUGACCCCUCGGUCGGCUACCCGAACCGAGCGCAUCGCUCGUGAAACCGAGAGUACGCGAGCCGAACGGAGCUCCAACCGAAGUGGCUCAAGACGAUCGAGCCGGCGGUUCACGCCGCGCAACGACUCCUCGUCGGACGAUGAUGACGACGAUGCGCCUGACUACGACGGAGGCUUUGACAGUCCUAGCGACGAGUUAGCCCGUCAGGUGCGCGAAGUGAGCGAGAUGGAGCGGCUGAACUCGACCCCUCGGAUCGAGGUCGCGACUCACCGACCCCUCGCCCAGAUCAAGAAUUUCUCUGGUGCCCGCAAUCGGAGCGAGAACUCCAUGCAGUGGCUCCGAGCCUUCGUCUACGAGAUGAAGGGGACGCACACUCCGCCCAACGAGUGGUGCAUGGAUUUCGAACUGAGCCUUCGGGACGGUGCUUUGCAUUGGUACCGUCAGCUCCCCAAGAAGCCGAAGCGUCGGUGGAAGCUGCUCAGUGAUGCUUUCAUCAAGUAUUACUGCACGCAGUUCAGCCAGUCUGCGAAGGCUCGCUACUACUCGGCGCGACGUGACGUUUCGGAACAUCUGUGCGACUACCUAAAUCGGCUGAAUGGCUACGCUCGCAACGCUGGCCUUCAGUUCGAGAAAGGGGACGCGACGCGAAGGAUCAUGUGCAACGUUUCCUCGAGACGUGUGGUGACCGAGGACUCGAGCGGCGGCAUUGCCACGUUCGAACGGGACGAGCGUCAGAGCGAACAGGCGCGCGACAAUAGCCGCCGUGACCGUUACGAGCGCCGUGACCGAGACCUCGGACGCCGUCGUGAGGACUCGCGCUAUGCCCCACGUGUGUCGCUGGCCGAGGCGUCGCUUUCCGACUUGGUGGCUGAGUUGCAGGUCCGUGGGACGAAGAGUGGCCGAUCUGACCGCCCGGAGCCCCGCGGGCAGUCGCGCGACGACAGUGGAAUGACGUCGACACCUCGGAUGAAGAAGGAGGCCAUGUCGCAGCGGCGAAUGAGCUGGAGAGGCGUGCUGCAGCUGAAGGAACCUACGCCCGGUCCGAUCAACGUCAAGGCAGGGGUGGGGAACCCGGCCGAGGCUUCGACCGAUCCAACCGACACUUCAGCCGAGACAACCGCGAUGGUCGCCCGCGUCAGUACGGACCCUGCGCAGCAUGUGGUGGUGCCGGACAUUCGGCACACUACUGCUACCGACGCUGCAGACUGUGUCAACAAGUCCACGACAUCGGCAAACUGCGUCUACGCGUUUGUGGGAACCAGCAAACGGCCGAACGACAAGGACAAGGAACAUGUGGAAAUGACUGAAAUUGAAAAGGAGAGGGGGGAAACCCUCGGUGGAGGUGAAAAUUGUGGAAAGAAUGAAGAAGAUGAAGAUGGAGAUGCAACCGAGGCCUGGGUCUCAAGCGCGGUGGAGAGUGAACGCCCUGGCCGAACGCCCAGUGGAGUGACCAAGUUACUCCCAGGCGCGAGGCUGGGGUGGUGGUCCGCACAGAAGUUCGACAAGAGAGCACGGAUGAGAGCUCUGGUCAAGGGUGCGGUCAACGACACGAGAACGAGGCUUCUGUUGGAUACGGGAGCAAACGUGAGUGUGAUUUCGGAGAAGUUUGCGAAGCAGUUGCGGUUGCGUGACAUUCAGGGACACGGCCGCUGUAUGGAAAUCCAAGGGUUUACGAAGGGAACCAUGGCUACGGAGAGACGAGCCCUCGUCAAGGUAACCCUCGGCUGGGCACGUGUGUACGAGUUUGAGUUGUGGGUCAUGGAUCAUGGCGCCGGAGUGGAUGUAGUCCUCGGCACCGAUUUUAUGAUCCCGGCCGGAGUGCGUUUGGACCUGUUCCAUGCAACCGCGAGGUUGCCGGACGAGGUCAGCAUCCCGCUCAUUAAGACUCUAUGUGCGCCGGACGACCGAGGCUUCGGUCCGCAUGUUAAUGGUGGACCGUCCGAGGACUUGCCCGUCCAGAGCCAAGAGUUUGUGGAAUACCGAGUACAGCGCCGCCAACCACCUCUUGAUACACACGAAGUGUGGGUACGUCGCACGAAGUUUCUGCUGCCGACGGUGACGAAGUUUCGGCAGGGAAGGUCGAGAGGGUUCGGUUGA